GGCCAGUGACUCCGUGGCACCAUGGCCGCCUACGGCCGUAACGCGCUGCUCGCCGCAGCCAGGUCCAGUUUCAGAGGCUCCCAUCUUCUUGCGCGCUCCCAUCCUCCGUACUCGCCAGCAGUUGCGUUUGUCCAGCUAGUGGGUUCUCAUUUACACCGGCCUUGCGUGAGAGACUCUGAAAACCGGGCAUCGCUGCACUGCGCGGGGUUGGGCACUGGCCUGCCUCACUCACCAGCUACAGUUGUGCGAACGUUUCACGCGUCCACCUGCUUGCGCCUGGAGCUCCGAGGUGAACCUCCGCCCCAACGAAGUACUGUGAACCAGGGUACUAAGCCUCCUGACACUCCAACGAAACAAGUCCCAGAGACUGCCGUGGGAAAAAAGCCUUUACGCCAAAAAAUUGUGGAUGAACUGAAACACUAUUACAAUGGCUUCCACUUGCUUUGGAUUGACACCAAGGUGGCUGCCAGGAUGGUGUGGAGGCUCUUACACGGUCAGGUCCUCACUAGGAGGGAGAGACGAAGGUUGCUGAGAACUUGCGCAGAUCUCUUCCGGCUGGUUCCCUUCCUGGUGUUUGUCAUCGUCCCCUUCAUGGAAUUUCUGUUACCUGUAUUCUUGAAACUCUUUCCUGAAAUGCUGCCCUCGACAUUCGAGACAGAGUCAAAAAAGGAAGAAAAGCAGAAGAAGAAAUUAAAUGCAAAGCUGGAGUUAGCAAAGUUCCUGCAGGAGACCAUUGCAGAGAUGGCCAAAAGGAACAAAGCAGAUACAGGGCAAGGAAAACAAUUCUCCUCUUAUGUACACCAGAUUCGUCACACCGGCCAUCAGCCCAGUACCCAAGAGAUCGUACGCUUCUCCAAGCUGUUUGAGGACGAGCUGACCCUGGAGCACUUGGAACGGCCGCAGUUGGUGGCUCUUUGCAAAUUGCUUGAGCUGCAGCCCAUUGGCACCAACAACCUGCUCCGCUUUCAACUUCUGCUGAGACUCAGGACAAUCAAGGCGGACGAUGAAAUGAUUGCCAAGGAAGGAGUCAAUGGCCUAAGUGUGUCUGAACUGCAGAGUGCAUGCAGAGCCAGAGGAAUGCGGUCACUGGGUCUCUCAGAGGAGCAACUAAAGGAACAGCUCAGACAGUGGCUGGAUCUGCAUUUAAAAGAGAAUGUUCCACCUUCUCUGCUCCUACUUUCCCGUGCCUUGUACUUAAUAGAUGUAAAGCCACAAUCUAUUCCGGUUCCACAAAAUAAGACAGGUGAAACUGCUGAAAUCACGACACCCGUUCCUGGAGGUCAAGAGACCCUUGUGGAUCCUGCCCCCAUUGUACAGGGAAGAAAGAGUGAAGAGUUUGUAUCUCAGCCACCAGAGAAAUUGCCGAUUUCAGCAGUGUCUGUGAAGCCUCCCCCACGAGAGGCCAAAAUGGAAGCGUCUCAGAGCAGCAAGGCCGGCGCCAACGGAGCCUAGCCCGAAGCCAGCAAGGACUGCCUAACACUGGGAGAGAAGAGCUUUCAUCUCUGCACCCCCUUAAAAGGGAAGAGUGACUUUUCCAGGAGCCUGCUUGACACAAGAAGGUGUCAGUAGCCCUCGGGGGCCUCUUUGUCUAUUCCAAGCAACUCAACCAGGCUAAGGCUGUCUGGGUGGCACCGGCUGCUCGUGUGGACUGGAUCCCCUACCCCCACCACUUUAACUUAUGCUGUAAAUAUGUUAAUAAUGAUGCUACUGUCUGUGCUGAAGGGGCAUUUGUGCUCUUAAACCUUAGGAAAGGCAGCUUUUCACAGUCCUAAAGGCCCAGGUGCAGAACAAACUGGGCUGGAAGUCCAGUAAAGCCUGUUCUAGUUUGAAAUCCUCUGCAGGAACAUACCCACAAAUCCAGGACUUGCAGCUUGCCCUGCUGCCCCAGCUUUACAAACUUCAGCUCUUGAUCCUAGUUAGCGUGGUUUAACCAAUAACGAGUGCACAGUGACCCAUGUAUUUAACUCACUUUCGUACCAAGGAGAACAGCCACGGCAAAGGGAGGACCAAUGCUCUCAUCAGUGGCAUGGCUGAACUGUUCAGAAAGACUCAAGAACUUGCUGGAGAAGAGCAGAGCAGCGAGGAGGACAGCUUCCACCGCACGAGCGUUUGCAUUUGUCAGUGGGAGCCACAGCAGGGGCCAGACCCUGUUACAGAAGGCAGAGACGCAUCUUUAGCAUCCCCCUGCAUCAUGCGAGGUGGCAGCCACACGCCUUUCCCCAAGUCCAAUGUAAGACUUGGUUAAACCUUCCCAGGCUCAGAACUGCACAUCAGCAAGUGCUCCCAGACUUUACUGUGCUCUGCACAGGGAUUCUUCACACACUCCAGCGCUGGCUAGGUUUUUGGUAGACUCUUUAGGAGGAUACGGAAAAGCUGUUUUUAGCAUUUGGUAAUUUUUUUUACUCUGUCCUAUGUAAAUGUUCAUAAAUUACUCACAUUAUGGAUUUUAAAUAUGUCUAUUUAUACUUACUGUAAAAUAAGGGUUAGUCUUGGUGCUAAGUAGAAUGGAAUGUCUUUUCUAGAGGUCAGUCAGCCUUUAGAACAAAGCCAGUCGUCUCAAGGUCAGGCGUUAUCAGCACUUUAACCGUGACUUUGGGCUCUUUCUAGCGGUGCAGAAACAGCUUGCAGAUGGCAGCUACCCCCGUACGGCGUUCGUGGUCCCGUACCUGCCCCCCGCCUUGUUAGCCAGUAUGCAACGCUGAAUAUUUGUAUUUAAUGGGUGAUUAGUAAAUCAGAACAAACAUCACUUCAAUAAAAUAACCCUGUUGCUCAAGUGUCA